AGCUUUUCCCUCCUUUCUUUCCCUAGGCCUCUCUCUUCUUAUAUUCCUUGCUGUUUUCCUCCAACAAAUAAGCAUCCUCUCACUUUUUCCAUAUCUCUUAUGUCUCUAGGUGCUCUAGCUUGUUAAGGAACCACGGGUAAUCACCUUUCAACUUUAUUUCAAGGUACGGAUUCUACCCUCCCGCCAUGCCCUUCUCCUCUGCUCUCGUCCAUACCUUGUCUCAAUUCUUCCUUUCUCCCACCAUUACGGGAAAUCGUUCCUUACGUCGCACUUCCUAAUUCUCCAUGUUUUCUUUGUUCAUUGUCGUUCUCUUCAUUUUUACGUCCUCUUAUCCAGGUUUCACAUGUCUCUUAUUCUGCUAACCCUUGUGAUCUGGCUGCAGGUUCGAAACUUUGAACCACUCUUAUUAUGCAUCUGCUAUCUUUUUAUUGCAUAAUGCAUACUUUAUUGUUUUGAAUUGUUUUGGCCUUUGCUAGGUGCAUGCAGUCCUGUUGUGUGUUGUGCAUGGGCACUCGUGGUAAUACGUUUUGUGUGUCUCAAAAUCUGGAUUGCUUUUAUCGUUUCGUGAAGUCACCACCGCGGCUAGAAUGACCCACACCGGAGGGUCGGACUUAGGGGCUCAUGCUGACAAAUUCCUUGGGUUCGACAGCUGGCUCACAGCUUGUAACCGUCAGUGACUGACAGCUGGCAGGGUUCCUUGGGACAGACAGCAAGAUCCGCCAUGAAAGAACCAGCGGUUGGAAUGGGGGGCACCAACGCCAAUGACCCACACUGGAGGUCGUUUUUGGGGGCUCACAUACACUGUGACGGUGGCAACCUGUCUGGCUCAUGCUGACAGUUCCUUGAGACAGACGGACAGCAAGAUCCGCCCACGAAAGAGAACCGCGCGGCGCGACCCGACUGAAUAGUUAUAUCCUGUAGUGGGUCAGUCCGACGGAGCACUGUCAUCCUGUAGUGGUUUACAGUCACAGGUGACAGCUACGGAAGAGUUAUGGGGGCAGUCAGGGGAACAGUCAACAACAGGAUCAGUUUCGACGGCACCACCAUCAUGUGAAGCAGGUGGUGCCGCUUUCGUGGAAGCGGUUAGACUCUGCCGUGCUGGAACGGCGCUGGGGGGGACUCUCUCCCGCCCCCUCCCACAGGAUUGUGCAGCGCCGAUAGGAGCCUGCCUGCACGAUGUUUCACGGGCCGAGGUGAUUUUGAGUCGACUCAGAAGCAAAAUUCACACACAGGGAAAGAGAGGAGCCAGCUUGAACCAAGUGGUGCAGGCCGUGGCGUAUUGUGCCGCUUCCGCGGCAAAGGUGCGGCUUUUCCUGUAGUGCUCCGAAGGGCAUGUGUGGCAUAAUGUGUGGGUUGUUGCUGCCUACCUGUUAGCGCCCCUCUUCACCACAAGGUUGGAUUAAACAGUGCUGAACGCUUCCCAGGAGCGCAGGAACCUAAAUGGCAAAUUUGGCAAGUUGGUACUCUUCUUGAUGUACUGGACGGCCCAUGGUUUCUCCUAGUAUUCCGGCGGACUAAGCACUAGCAGCAGGCAGAUCUGUGCUCCCUGAUCGUUCACCCUCGAGCUCCUCGCAUCCCCCCUCCCCCUGGCCUUCCCCCUGGCCAUUCACUCCGUCGCCGCGCCUCCGCUUUCCACUUUUGAGACGUCUCAAAGCUGUACCUCUGCACUCCUUGGCGUUCUAGCCAACGCUGCCUCAAGUCCUCGCUUUAGUCGUCCCAACCAAUCCCAACACUAGCCUCCCUCCGCCUCUAACUCGGAUUGUCAAGUCCCUGCGUUGCGCCUUCCAAGCUCAUGGCCACUUCCCAGCUGCGCCUCCAGCAGCAAUCCGCUCCGCCCCUGCUUCGCCUCCUGCUUCGCCUCCUGCUUCCCUGCCCCCUGCUUCUGCUGCUGCUCUGCACUCUGCUCGUGCCUCCCCUCGGGGUGGGCGCUGGCCAGCUCUUGGACGCCUCAUCAGUGGGUGCGCUGCAGGCGUUCAAGUCCGCCCUCGGUGUGACCUAUAGCAACUGGAACGCAGACCUUGGCUGCUGCUUUGCCACGUGCGGCCCCACUGAUGGGUGGACCAACGUGUACUGCGACAGCGAUGGCCAGGUCACUGACAUCACGUUUUUCGGUGGCUCCCCAUUCAGCGCUGGUCCUCUGCCCCUCCAACUCUCCAACCUCACUGCCCUCACCUACAUCAUGCUCCGCCACCUGCGUAUCCAUGCAGAGCUCAAGGCCUUUACCCAGCACCUGUCUGCCGUCUCUGGCCUGCAGCACUUUGACAUGGCUUACAAUUUCCUCUACGGCUCCAUCCCUGCUGCGCUGGUCACCAUGCCCGCCCUCACAACCCUGGCACUGUUUGUCAAUUACCUAACCGGCUCCAUCCCACAGCUGGUCUCUCCGCUGGUCGGGCUCAUCCUCGCUUCCAACUACCUCUCCUCCUCCUUCCCCACUCCCCCCACAACUCUCGCCUCCUGCUUCGCCAGUUCCACCUGCCUAACGGAUUUCACUGGGUGUAGGGGCUUUUUGAGGCCAAGUGGGGACUGUGGGACCAUCUGUGGGGGGGGGUGUGGUGAGGGGGAGGCGUGUGCGCCUCUGGUGGAGGCAGGGUCUGAGCCGGGGAGUAUUGUCCCCAUGGAGUGCGCUGUGUCCAUCGAUUCUGUCCCACCAAGAUUGAUGCACACCAGUGCAGGUGAGAGGCAGCGACCGGGUUUUUAAGAAUUCUCAAUAACCAGCUCAACACUUG